AUGUCUCAAGCAAAGAAUGUCGUAAACCAGGCAAUUACCGACAAUCGCAUCGCUGUCUUUGGUAAGGGCCAUUGCAAAUACACAAGAAAAGUAAGACAAGCGUUAGACGAUCUUCAACUUGAAUACUGGACAAUCGAUCUAGAUUCUGAUGAAAACGGAGAAGAAAUCCAGAACUACCUCUUUCUCAGAACAGGUCAACGCACUGUUCCGAAUAUAUUCAUCAAUAAAAGACACGUCGGUGGAUCGGACAAUUUUAUGAAGAUUAAAAACAGCGGUCACUUGCAAGUACUUCUUGAUAGAAAUUGA